CAGUGGACAUUUUCUGUAAUUAAUUAGCAACAGUUAGAAGAUUUAUCCAUGGCCAGGAAUCAACAAGCUGCAGUGCUUAAUGCACUUGAUGUUGCCAAGACGCAGUGGUACCAUUUCACAGCAAUCAUCAUAGCCGGAAUGGGAUUUUUCACAGAUGCCUAUGAUCUCUUCUCCAUCUCCUACGUCACCAAACUCCUCGGUCGUAUCUACUACACCAAACAAGGAGCAAAGAAGCCCGGCACGCUGCCUCCCAACGUGUCCGCAGCUGUUAACGGUGUCGCCCUAUGCGGCACUUUAGUCGGACAACUCUGCUUCGGCUGGCUUGGUGACAAGUUAGGCAGAAAAAGAGUUUAUGGUAUAACACUCAUGCUGAUGGUGUUGAGCUGUAUUGCAUCGGGGCUCUCUUUUGGGUCUAAGCCGGAAGGUGUCAUGGCAACGCUUUGUUUCUUUAGAUUCUGGCUUGGUUUCGGCAUUGGUGGCGACUAUCCCCUUUCAGCUACGAUCAUGUCCGAAUACGCUAACAAAAAGACUCGCGGGGCUUUCAUAGCUGCUGUGUUUGCCAUGCAGGGAUUUGGGAUUCUGACAGCUGGGAUUGUCUCUAUAAUUGUUUCGAGCGCGUUUGAUCACGCAUACAAGGCACCCCCUUACUCAGUCGAUCCAAAUGCUUCUCUUGUUCCUCAAGCAGAUUAUGUUUGGCGUAUCGUUUUGAUGUUUGGAGCUGUCCCUGCUGUUCUUACUUAUUUCUGGCGAAUGAAAAUGCCUGAGACAGCUCGGUACACUGCCCUUGUUGCCAAUAACGCAAAACAAGCCGCAUCGGAUAUGUCCAAGGUUCUACAAGUUAAUCUCGAAUCAGAAGACGUUCAAAUCAUGGAAGAUCCAGAUAGUAAAGCAUUUGGCUUGUUCACGAAGGAGUUUGCUCGCCGACACGGGCUUCACCUCCUUGGUACCACCACUACUUGGUUCUUAUUUGACAUUGCGUACUACAGCCAAAACCUUUUCCAAAAGGACAUAUUCAGCACAAUCGGGUGGCUUCCAGCAGCAGAAACCAUGAACGCCAUUGAAGAGCUCUAUAAAAUUGCAAGGGCACAAACACUAAUAGCAUUGUGCAGUCUUGUUCCAGGGUACUGGUUUACGGUGGCCUUCAUCGAUCGUAUUGGAAGGUUUCCGAUCCAACUAAUGGGUUUCUUUUUCAUGACAGUGUUCAUGUUUGCCCUUGCAAUUCCUUACCAUCACUGGACUUUGAAACCGAACAGAAUAGGGUUCGUGGUAUUGUACUCCCUUACGUUUUUCUUCUCCAACUUUGGACCCAAUGCCACUACCUUCACUGUGCCAGCAGAAAUCUUCCCAGCAAGGUUGAGGUCUACUUGUCAUGGAAUAUCAGCUGCAGCAGGAAAGGCCGGAGCUAUAGUAGGCGCCUUCGGGUUCUUAUACGCUGCACAAAGCACGAACCCGGCGGAGGCAGACGCAGGGUACCCGCCUGGUAUCGGUAUGAAGAAUUCUCUUAUUAUGCUUGCCGUCAUCAACUUCUUUGGCAUGCUGUUUACACUGUUAGUGCCUGAACCAAAUGGAAAAUCACUCGAGGAGAUGAGUGGUGAGACUGAGGAGUAAGGGCUCGUUUGAUAUUGUAGUGCUUUUAAAGAAAAAUUGUUUCUCUAUUGUGAGAAUAA